AUGUUUCGACUAUUCGUGAUCGUGUGCAUGAUUCUGGCUGCUGUCAAUGCCGGCUGCCCUUCACCAUCCUCCAUCUACCUUCCCGCUAAGGUCAAAUGCCCAUCAUGCGAUUUCACACCAUCGUCAGGAGCAUUCCAAGGAUCAGGAAACAAGUACACAAUUAAAUGCCCGGCAAACACUGAUGUCUGGUUCUACAAUGAGAGCGGGAAGGAGUUCGUCGCACCGAUGAGCGCCGUUGGAAGCAAAGGAUCACUGAGCUGCGAGGGAUCGAAAUGGCGUUUGAGGAUUCCGGGACAAAGCCAAAUCGUUUCCGCGUUCGCGUGUGCGUCGUCAUAA